AUGUCAAUAGAUCCCAAAGAAAUCUUUCCUUUUAUCGAAUUCAACGGUCAAACAGCACGUGAACGCGGUUAUGAACAUGGAACAAUUUUAUUCGAUCGUAUAGAUAAAUCCAUAAAAACUUAUCGAAAACACUUUGCCACGCAACCAAACUAUAACGAACAAUCGAUUUUAAAUUUAUGCGAACAAUAUCGUCGAGGAAUAUCCUCGUAUUCAAAUGAAUAUCUCGAAGAACUGGAUUCCAUAGCUGUAGCAUCCAAACAAGAUCCUCUUUGGAUUAUCGCUUUAAAUUGCCGUUUAGAACUAUUAAAUCAUUUGGCAUUUGGAAUACAAAAUGAAUGUACUGUUUUAUAUGAUAAACAAACCUGUCAAUUAGCAGAAAACUGGGAUUGGAUAGAAGAUUUCGAGUUUUUAGCUUGUAUUAAUCACGUGAAAUCCAAAGGUAUUUUACAGAUGAUUGAGCCCGGUGUAUUAGCAAAAGUUGGAUUGAAUUCACAUGGAAUUGGUGUUACGAUCAAUUUCGUUGACCCAUCAGCACAAUCCCAAACUCCCUCGAAUAUACCUCUACACAUUUCAUUACGAGCUGUACUUGAUCAAGCGACAAAUUUCGAACAAGCGUUGAAUAUAUUCGAACAAAAUGGACCUGGUUUCGGUGGACACGUUCUUAUUGGCGAUGACCAAGGUCAAUGUUGUUGCGUAGAAUUUCCCGGCGAUCAAGUGCGUUUCAUUCGAAAUCAUCCAUAUCAUACAAAUCAUUUUCUAUAUACAAAUAACAAUGAUCAUAUCAAAGAUAAACCCCGAUAUCACAACUCAUUGGAUCGUUACGCACGAGUGACACAAUUAUGGGACAAUCGAACAUCAUUACAAUCGAUCCUGUUUGAUUUUGAGAAUGAGGAACAAGCAUAUCCGAUUUGUCGAUCAUAUAAACCAACAUCGUUAGGAUCAGUGGGAACUGUUUGUUCAUUAAUUAUGAAUUUAAAGGAACGAACAAUGAACAUAACGAAAGGCAAUCCACGGAACAAUCCGAAAUUCUAUGAAUUCAAACUCAAUCAAAGUGCAACGUCAGUCUCAGAACUCAUUGAUAAGUAA